AUGCCCAACCCGAAUCGCGUCACCGAGAAGCUCUUUCAAUCACCCUCCAAGUAUAUCCAGGGACCAUCCGCGAUCCAUAACGCGCCGAAAUACCUCUCGUCCUUCGGAGCCGCACCGCUGCUGCUUUCCGAUGACCUUGUUUAUAAGAUUGCUGGCAAGGAGCUCACGACCGCGCUCGAAGUAGCAAACUUCAAGGUGACGCGAGGCAUCUUUGGCGGCGAGGCAUCGAAGGACGAGAUUUCCCGUCUCGGUGCGCUCGGCAAGGAGAAGUCGGUCGACUUCAUCAUCGCGCUCGGCGGCGGCAAGACCAUCGAUAGCGCUAAGGCGAUUGCAGACGACCUGGGGCUAAAGGUCGCCGUGCUGCCGACGACUGCAUCGACCGACGCACCUUGCUCUGCCCUUUCUGUCCUUUACCGACCGAACGGUGAAUUCGAGAACUACCGAUUCUACUCGAACAAUCCUUCCGUCGUCCUCGUCGACACGAGCGUCGUCGUCCAAGCUCCCGCACGCUUCCUCGCGUCAGGCAUCGGCGAUGCGCUUGCAACAAACCUCGAAGCCAAGGCCGCGCGGAAUAGUCCGAACUUUGGCGGAGGACUUCCAACAGAGGUUGCUUCAGCGAUUGGCGCAAAGUGCGAGGAGAUCCUGUUCAAGUACGGUCGCCAGGCGGUAGAGGCGAACAAGGCAAAGGCGGUCACUCCAGCGUUUGAAGCGGUCGUGGAGGCGAAUACUCUUCUCUCUGGCCUAGGCUUCGAGUCUGGUGGCCUCGCUGCGGCACAUGCUAUUCACAAUGGCCUAACCGCCAUUGAUAACCAUACCCUGCAUACUAAGAUGCACGGGGAGAAAGUCGCCUUUGGUACAGUCUGUCAGCUCAUCCUCGACGGUGCUCCCACAUCCGAGAUGGACCGCUACAUCUCGUUGAUGGUCUCCGUCGGGCUCCCUACAACGCUCGCCGAUUUAGGCAUCGAAAAUGCCACCGAUGAAGAGUUGAGACGGGUGGCAGCUCUCGCAUGCGCGCCGAACGAGACGAUCUGGAAUAUGGACAGGGUAAUUACCGAAGAGAUCGUGUUCAACGCAAUUAGAGGAGCAGAUGUUGCAGGGAAAGACUACAAGGUACGCAAUGGUCUGUAG